GGUGGGUGGAUGGGCGUGUGGUGGGUGGUGAGAAUGUCGGGAUCGCGAGGUCAUCUCACGCAUUUGGCAUUGGCGAGCGUCUUGCUUCCCUUUUCACCCCUCUCGGCACUUCCCCCUUCAAGAGAAAGCAAAAAGAGGUCGGUAUUCUCUCGCUCGUCGUUAUUCAUCGCCCCGUCAAGAACGUCGUCCUGACCGCAAUUCGGCACGAAUUAUAAACUUUUAUCAGACUCGUCGAAAUGGUCGCCCACAACAACCAACUCGCCAACGAGCAUUUCAGGAAGUCCAGCUGGCAGGAGCGUGUCAAGACCUGGUUCGACCAGCCCGGCCGAAAGCACUCCAGGCGUGUCGCUCGUCAGAAGAAGGCCUUGAACCUCGGAGUUCGACCCCUUCAAUUGCUCCGACCUGCCGUUCGAGCCCCUACCCAGCGAUACAACACCAAGGUCAGGCUCGGUCGAGGUUUCACCCUCUCCGAGUUGAAGCAGGCCGGUGUCCCCAGGAAGGAGGCCAAGGGUUUGGGUAUCGUCAUCGACCACAGGAGGAACCGAAGGUCCGAGGAGAGCGAGAAGGUCAACGUCGAGAGGCUCAAGGAGUACAGGAGCAGGUUGAUCGUCUUCCCCAAGAAGGCUGGCAAGGCCAAGAAGGGUGACUCUUCCGCUGAAGAGCUCAAGGCCGACACCACCCGAGUCCAGUUGGCUCUCCCUAACGUUUACGAGGCCGAGGCUCCUCGUGCUAUCACCGAAGAAGAGAAGAACUUCGAUGCUUUCUUGACUUUGAGGAGGGUCAGGGCCGACAAGAGGAACGCCGGUCAGAGGAAGAAGAGGGCCGACGCCAAGGCCGCCGAGGAGGCCGCUUCCAAGAAGUAGACGCAAAUCGUCUGCUGAAAGGGACGAGAUUGGAGGGAGACCGAUCACAACCGCGUAGUGGACUUUGUACAGCGCACGUUUUCAUACAUGAUGUUGACGAAUCCAUUGCCAAUCUCAUGAACAACUGGAC